GGUUCGCUCUUUCAGUUUCACGCGAAUGCUGCCAUCAAUCCACGGUUUCUGGUUAGGGAAUGUUUUUAUCGUUGCUAUGGGAACGACAUCUUCAACGCACGUUCUAAUGAACUCGCACACCGAAUCAGCGUAUUCGUCAAUAUUUUUAUCUGACGCAAUACGAAACAUGUCCCAGUCCACGUGAUGGAAGCAGUCUUGGAGUGUGGAGUCAGCUUGGUCGGACCAGCGUUGGACAGACCACAGCGUGGGAGCCUCUUGUUUGAGUUUCUGCCUGUAGGCAGGGAUCAACAAAAUGGAGUCGUGGUCAGCUUUUCCGAAAGGGGGGCGGGGCAGGGCCUUAUAUGCGUCGCGGAAGUUAGAGUAACAAUGAUCCAAGGUUUUACCACCCCUGGUUGCGCAAUCGAUAUGCUGAUAAAAUUUAGGGAGUCUUGUUUUCAGAUUAGCUUUGUUAAAAUCCCCAGCCCCAGUGAUCUGUGAGCUGCUCUGACAGUUGGUGCUUAAAGCUAGUGAGGGAGAUAAGUGUUUCAGAGGUUUUUGUAGUUUGUUUCAGUCAUUGGCAACAGAGAACUGGAAGGAGACGCGGCCAAAGGAGAGACGGCCUACAUCCUGUGGAUAUAGAUACUUUUGUGCCUGUUUCCUCCAGCAUCUUCACAAGGUCAUUUGCUGUUUUUUUUUUAGGUCGUGGCUUAUUUCUUUUGAUUUUCCCAUGAUAUCAAGCAAAGGGGCACUGAGUUUGAAGAUGCAGUGUCCCUCCACCUCCCCAGACGCCAUUAGCAUGGAGGAGAGCCACAGGGAAUAAGAGCCUCCAGGAGACCGCAGGUCCUUAUGGUUGAGCUGGGUGUUGGUCCCUGCGAUGCCUCCCGCCAUGACAGACGAACUGGACUUGUGGGCGGCCCACUCCCAGCUGUGUGGAGAGGACCUGGUCACUGUGGACUUCCUGUUACCCACCGGCAUCUACAUCCAGAUGGACGUCCCCAGAGAGGCCACCAUACAACACAUCAAACUGCUCCUAUGGAAGCAGGCCCAGUCAUACCCCCUGUUUCCGUCUCUGGGGGAGAUGGAGGGCCACAUGUUUGAGUGUGUGAACCAGGCAGCUGUGCACGAGGAGCUGGAGGAUGAGACCAGGCGCCUCUGUGAUGUUAGGCCCUUCUGUCCCAUGCUCAAACUGGUCACACGCAACUGUGGCCGCGCGGAACGCUUGCUCGACUCCAAGAUCGGUGUGCUCAUCGGAAAAGGUCUCCACGAGCUGGAUGCUCUGCAGGACCAGGAGGUGAAGGACUUCCGCAGUAAGAUGUUCCGUAUCAGCGAGGAGAAGAUGCAGCGGGUACAGCUGAUGACCUGGAGCGAGUGGCUGCAGGCCUGCUUCUCUCCGCAGCUGGAGCCAGGGGGAGGAGCCACACCCGUCACAGACGGUGUCAACGACAAACAGGCCGAGGCCAGCCUCAAAGUCACCAUGCACUUCGACCAGUCCCAGGACACAGCCAGUCUGAAGGUGUGGCCCAGCACCAGUCCCAGUGAGCUGAUGGAACAGGCGUUGAGGAAAUGGCUAACGACCCACGGCCCAGAGGAGGAGGGACGCCAGGCCGAGCAGUAUGUUCUGAGGGUCAGCGAUAAGCUGGAAUUCCUCUGUGGAGACCACCCCCUCAUACAGUACAAGUACAUCAAAGCUUGUCUCCAGGCUAAGGAGUGUCCCCACCUGACCCUGGUCCAGGUCAGCACUGUCCAGGCCAUGUUCGAGAAGGAGAUCUCGGCCAUCGGAGCUGUUGUCAACCGAAAGAGCUCCAACCCCCCCUUACCCCUGCCCCCUAAGAGGAGGGGACCCUCGCAAGUGAAUACGUGUGUGUGGGAGGUGUCCACCCCGUUUAAGAUGGUCCUAAUCAAAGGCAGCAAGGUGAACGCUGAGGAGACCGCCAAGGUCCAGGUGCGUGCAGGCUUGUUCCACGGCACAGAGUUGUUAUGCAAGCCGGCGGUGAGCAGCGAGAGCAGUGGACGCUCGGAACACGUGUGGAACCUCACGCUAGAGUUCGACAUCACUGUGAGCGACCUGCCGCGCAUGGCCCGCCUCUGCUUCGCCGUCUACGCCGUCAUGGACAAGGUCAAGAAGCAGAAGUCCACCAAGAACGCCCACAUCAACAAGUACCAGACCAUCCGCAAAGCUGGCAAAGUGCACUACCCUGUAGCCUGGGUGAACACCAUGGUGUUUGACUAUAAAGGACAGCUGAAGACUGGAGAUAUCAUCCUUCACAGCUGGUCUUCCUUUCCUGAUGAACUUGAAGAGAUGCUGAACCCCAUAGGAACCAUCCAGACCAACCCGUACACUGAGAAUUGUACAGCACUCCACAUCCACCUCCCUGACUACAACCCUCACCCCAUCCUAUUCCCCCCCUUCAACAAGAUUCUGGAGAAAGCUGCAGAAAUCGCUGGGUCAAGCGAUUGCUCGACCAUGGGCCGAGGCGGUAAGAAGUUCCACAUCGAGCUGAAGGAGAUCAUGGAGAGGGACCCUCUGUCCCAGCUGUGUGAGAAUGAAAAGGACCUCAUCUGGACACUACGCUACGACUGCAUGGAGAACUUCCCCCAGUCACUGCCCAAACUGCUGCUCUCCGUCAAGUGGAGCAAACAUGAGGACAUGGCCCAGCUCCAGGCCUUGCUGCAGAUCUGGCCCAAGCUAAGUCCCAGGGACGCUCUGGAGCUGCUCGACUUUAACUAUCCAGACCAGUAUGUCAGAGAGUACGCUGUGGGCUGCCUGAAGGAUAUGAGUGAUGAGGAGUUGUCUCAGUACCUGCUCCAGCUGGUCCAGGUGUUACGUUAUGAACCCUACUAUGACUGUGCGCUCACCCGAUUCCUGUUGAACAGAGCUCAGUGCAACCGCAACAUAGGACACUUCCUCUUCUGGCAUCUCAGGUCAGAGAUGCACAUGCCAGCCGUCUCUGUCCAGUUCUCUCUCAUCCUCGAGGCCUACUGUCGUGGCAGCAUCCCUCACAUUGAGGUCCUGAAGAAACAGGUGGAGGCUCUGAGCAAGCUGAAGUCUGUGAACGAGCUGAUCAAGCUGGGCACCAUCAAGAACGCACGCAGUAAGACCAAGGAGGCCAUGCUCACCAAAGAGGCCAUGAUGACUUGUCUGAGACAGAGUGGCUACACAGAGACCCUCUCUGACCUGCACUCCCCUCUCAACCCCAGUGUCCUGCUCUCUGGAAUCAAUGUGGAGAAGUGUCGGUACAUGGACUCAAAGAUGAAGCCUCUGUGGAUCGUCUACAACAACAAGCUUCUGGGGGGAGACAGCCUGGGAAUCAUCUUCAAGAACGGAGACGACCUGAGACAAGACAUGUUGACACUGCAGAUCUUGAGGUUGAUGGACCUGCUAUGGAAGGAGGCCAAUCUGGACCUCAGAAUUGUACCUUACGGUUGCCUAGCAACUGGGGACCGGUCAGGGCUGAUCGAGGUGGUGUCGUCGGCGGAUACCAUCGCCAACAUCCAGCUGACCAGCAGCAACGUGGCGGCCGCCGCAGCCUUCAACAAGGAUGCGUUACUUAACUGGCUCAAAGAGAAGAACUCUGGAGAUGCUCUGGAGAAGGCGAUCGAGGAGUUCACCCUGUCAUGUGCAGGCUACUGCGUGGCCACCUACGUCCUGGGGAUAGGUGACCGCCACAGUGACAAUAUCAUGGUUCGCAGCACUGGACAGCUCUUCCACAUAGACUUUGGGCAUAUCCUGGGGAACUUCAAGUCCAAGUUUGGCAUCAAGAGGGAACGCGUCCCCUUCAUCCUGACCCAUGACUUCAUCCACGUCAUCCAACAGGGAAAGACGGGCAACACUGAGAAGUUUGGCAGUUUCCGCAAUUACUGUGAACAAGCCUACCUGAUUCUGAGGCGGAAUGGGAACCUCUUCAUCACCCUGUUUGCCCUCAUGCUGACUGCUGGACUGCCCGAGCUCACCUCCGUCAAGGAUAUACAGUACCUAAAGGACUCUCUGGCCCUGGGGAAGACCGACGACGAGGCACUGAAACAGUUCCGCCAAAAGUUUGACGAGGCGCUGAGAGAGAGCUGGACCACCAAAGUCAACUGGAUGGCCCACAACGUGGUCAAAGACAACCGCUCCUAGAACAGACAGUCGCACAUCCUGGAGCUAGAGGGUGAAAUGUUAAAGGUCAGGAGGGUCUGAGUUCUAUCCAGUGCUGGGACAACAGUGACAGUGGGGGGGUAGGUGUUGCUAAGGGGUGAAGACCAGACAGGACUGGGCCGCAAAGAAGGGAAUCUAGAAGGCUAUCUUAAACACACAUGCUCUUACAGGCUUAAAUCCCCCUCCCUUUGCAUUUCCUCUGGCUUUUGAAGCUGCUGUGUGCCUCCAGCCAGUCCAGUAGUCCCAUUGCCUCUCCCUGAUCAUGUGACAUAUUUGUGGGUAAUGUGGUUGCGAGUAUUGCACUGCUCAGUGAGUCAGAGCCCCCCCUCUGAGUUGUGAAUGGACUGCCCCCUUGGAGACUGGACUAGACUGAACCAAUGAGGAAGGAAGGGGACGGGGGUGGUUUCACCCACCUAUUAGCAAGACUUCUGAUCUGCCUUGUGUUGAACUAAAGGGAGAGGUCAGGGUUGACCACACCCACUCACGGCCUCACACCGUGUCUUAAAGCGACGCCAAAACGUGCACAUAGCCAGAGGAAGUGCGUCUUAUUGGACUUUUCCUUGCAAGGCCUCCAGUUCAUCUCGAAAGUGUGCCUAAAAACUGUGAGAGGAUUGUAUUUGUUUAGUUUUUUUAAAUGUUUUUUUAAUUUCCAUUUUAAGAUGUUAUUAAUUAAGAUGCUAUAGGACAUGUAUAUGUGCCAGACUACUUUUUAUUUAUAUAUAUAUAUAUGUGUGUGUGUGUGUGUGUGUGUGUGUGUGUGUGUGUGUGUGUGUGUGUGUGUGUGUGUGUGUGUGUGUGUGUGUGUGUGUGUGUGUGUGUGUGUGUGUGUGUGUGUGUGUGUGUGUGUGUGUGUGUACAGAGAGAGACACACGCUGCAUGGCCAAAUUUUUCUGGAUGUCUCUUGCCGAUAGCUAAACAACAACUUUCCCCACUCCGCUUAUGCUGUCCCCUCCUAGUAGCUAGCUCUUUCCCUCACUAAUGUUAGCACAACUUUAGAAAAGCAGUGCUCAGCAAGCUUCGGCAAAGGACACUGUGUCCCGGUGUUGGGAUACACAGAUUUGCCGUGCAUGCUCUCCACACUGAAUAGACUAUCCCAGUGAUAUCCAGAUGGUUACCAAUAUUAUAGUAUUUCUCAUGAAGGCUGUUAUCCUACUUGGAGUAAAACAAACUGUAGGAAAACAUUUGAGUUAAUUAAUAUUGGAGUUAACAUUGAUUUGGUGGUUUAGCUCUAGAGAAGAGGUGUCCAAUGGGGGACAGUUCAAUUCGGUUACGCAACUUCAGCCAUUGAGAAAUGGGGUGAAUUAGACCAUCAAAUACUGGAACCAUUUGAAAUACAAGGAAGAAAGAGCAUAACAUUUUUCAGAACUUAAUUUUGUGUUCCUGCUUUGGAAUGUGGAUGUAACAUUCCUGUGUUCCAUUUAAUCAAGUUAUGGUUGUUGUUGGACAAACAGAACAGGCACAAUGGGUGAGUCAUCACCACACUACCCCAUGGAGGCAUUAUCACGGCCCCGUGGAGGCAUUAUCACGGCCCCGUGGAAGCAUUAUCACGGCCCCGUGGGGGCAUUAUCGUGGCCCCGUGGAUGCAUUAUCACGGCCCCGUGGAGGCAUUAUCACGGCCCCGUGGGGGCAUUAUCGUGGCCCCGUGGAUGCAUUAUCACGGCCCAGUGGAGGCAUUAUCAUGACCCCGUGGAAGCAUUAUCACGACCCCGUGGAAGCAUUAUCACGGCCCCGUGGGGGCAUUAUCGUGGCCCCGUGGAUGCAUUAUCACGGCCCAGUGGAGGCAUUAUCAUGACCCCGUGGAAGCAUUAUCACGACCCCGUGGAAGCAUUAUCACGGCCCCGUGGAGGCAUUAUCACGGCCCCGUGGAAGCAUUAUCACGGCCCCGUGGAAGCAUUAUCACGGCCCCGUGGGGGCAUUAUCGUGGCCCCGUGGAUGCAUUAUCACGGCCCAGUGGAGGCAUUAUCAUGACCCCGUGGAAGCAUUAUCACGACCCCGUGGAAGCAUUAUCACGGCCCCAUGGAAGCAUUAUCACAGCCCCCACUGAGGUAUUAUCACGGCCCCAUGGAGGCAUUAUCGCGGCCCCAUGGAGGCAUUAUCGCGGCCCCAUGGAAGCAUUAUCACGUCCCCAUGGAGGCAUUAUCACGGCCCCAUGGAGAUUCGGUCUUAGACAUAGACUUGUCUACGGAUGUCAGAUCUAGUCUUUCAAAGCACCAAGCUGCUCAAAUGACAAUAACCACAAUGAAUAAACGAAGCAUGUUACAAAAAUGCCUUUUAGGACCAAAACAAAGAAAACCUUCAGUUGAUUUAGGUUUGUUUUUACUGUGUUUUAAAGAAUCUGUUCAGAAAUGGAAUGUUUGUGUGCAAAAUGUGUCGCUUUCUUUUUCAGUGUAUUUGUUUUUUAGAUCAGCCAAAUUGGGCGGAGUUUAAGACCUAUGGAAGGGGUUUGCCAGCAGAGGGCGUAACACUGCGAUUCAAAGCUACUUCCUGGUUUUGUCAUGAGGUGCUCUCUGUUUUGAUUUUGUGCAAUAUCCGUAUAGGAGUCUACAUGAUGUAAAUGAACCCUUGGGCCCUAAUGCCUGAGGCUAUAAUGGUUGUCACUGUGGGUUCAUGUGUAUUGCUGCUGUAUUUCUCCCCACCAGCCUUCUUAAGUCUCUCAGACACUGAAUAUUGUCAAAUGUACAGGCUUUUAUGCUUUCACUGUUUUUUGUUUUUAUUAAGUUGUAUUAAAGUUAUUUUCCAUCUAA